AUGGAUUCUACAGAGCUGGAAUCAUUUUGUCACAAAUACAACAAUCUACAAGUGUUUUCGAAAAUCUACACUUGUCAGCAUUCUGAUUGCUCUUCCGAUUCCAAUUACUCCUCCAGCGACGAAGAAAGGGAUAUACAAGAUGGGACACCAAGCGAGGACGAGAUUCUACAAGAGGUUAUUGAUGAGCAUCUAGGUCUUCAGCAAACUCAAGAUGAUGAUGAAGAAGAGUUGCAAGAGCGCUCUUUACAUUCUGUGAAGAGCGCUCGUCAAGCACUCCAGGUUCUGAUUGAGUUUACUGAAGAACAAGAGGCUCUUCAAUCAGACUAUUUACGAGGCCUCGAGCAUUUAGAAUUCGCUCUUGAGGCAUUAGAUCAAGAGUCACGGGUGCAGAGUACGUUAGAUAGUUGGAUUACAUAA